AUGGCAAAGAAUAACGAAGGUACCGGAAAGGAUAGUAUCGACAAGAGGUUUGCCCGUAUUGAAAGUGACCCGAAGUUUCGUGCUCCAAAGCAGAAGAACUUGAAAAUAAAGCUCGAUGACAGAUUCAGCAAACAGGAUCUAGAGUACAAGCGCAAGGCGAAGGUCGACAAGUAUGGGCGUCGUAUAGGUACGGCACCUGGAAAGGAGGAGAAAGAUUUUGAAAAGUACUUCACCAAGGAAUCUUCAGAGUCUGCUGCAGAGGAGAGCGAUAAGGAAGACAGCAGUGUAGCCAAACUCGAUCGGGCGCGGGGAGAAGUCCCUGCAGAUUAUGUGUCAUCGUCGGAUGAGGAGUCUAGCAGCGAGUCCGAGGCUGAUUCAGAUGAUGCAACCGCGGAAUCUGACGAAGAGGUCGAGAUAGAGGAGGAGAAGCCGGAGAGCGGGGAUCCCUCCAAGGUGCUGGCUGUCGUGAACUUGGACUGGGACCAUGUGAAGUGUGCAGACCUCCUAGUGGCAUUCAACUCUUUUGUGCCCGAGGGAGGCAAAAUUGAACGUGUUGCCAUCUAUCCGAGCGAGUUUGGUAAGGAACGCAUGCAACGGGAGGAGGUGGAAGGUCCCCCAAGGGAAGUGUUCAAAAGCAAGAAAGACAAAAAAGCGAAGCAGGAUGACGACGAUGAAAUCGGUCUAAAAGACCUAUACGAGCAAGGUGAUGCAGAGAAGGACUAUGAUUCGAAGGCCCUACGUCGUUAUCAACUUGAACGCCUUCGUUAUUACUACGCCGUUGUCUACUGCAACAAUGUCGCAACCGCGGAGGCCAUCUACCAGAACUGUGAUGGAACAGAAUACGAGUCAACAGCCAAUAUGUUUGACCUACGCUAUGUGCCAGAGGGCGUGACCUUUGACGACGAACCCCGCGAAGAAUGUGCGUCUGUACCUAAGGACUAUAAGCCUGUGCAGUUCAGCACUUCAGCACUCCAGCACUCGCAGGUGAAGCUUACUUGGGACGAGACUCCGGCUGACCGUGUUGAGAUGGCCAAAAGAGCAUUCAGCCAAAAGGAGAUAGAAGAUAUGGACUUUAAAGCUUACCUUGCAUCAGAUUCUGAAGAAUCGGAGGCAGAUGAUAAUUCUGAGGCCAAGAACAAGCUGAGAUCUCUUGUAAGUUCUGUAAAAGUUGCAGAUAAGCCACUGUUCGCCGACGAAUCUGAUGAAGAGGAAGCAGAUGUCCAAAUCACGUUCACUCCUGGCCUGGAGGGUGGCGAAGCUAAGGAAGAAGAUGCAGAAGAAGAGAACAUCCUCGAGAAAUUGAAGCGGAAGGAGAAAGAAAGACGGAAGAAGAGAAAGGAGAGAGUGAAGGAAUUAAAGAAACAGGCUGAAGAAGAGAAAAAGAGCUCUAAGAAAGAAAAGCAUGCAUCCAAGUCCGAAAGCGAACAGAAGUCUGAGAACGACAAGAGGGCAGAGUUGGAACUUCUAAUGAUGGAAGACGAUGAAAAUUCACAAUCGAUUAACUCGAGCGCACAUUUCAACAUGAACGACAUUUUAAGAUCGGAGAAGGAGCGCGGGAAGAAGUCCAAAUACCAGAAGAAGGACAAGAUUGUAGAGGACGACUUUAAGCCCGACCUAAAUGAUCCAAGAUUUAAAGAAGUCUUCGAGGACCGUGAUUUUGCGAUAGACCCUUCGCAGCCGGAAUUCAAGGAAACGGCAGCUAUGAAACAGAUAUUGCAAGAGCGCAGAAAACGCUCAAGCAAGAGCGCAUCGAAGAAGAGAAAGACCGAUGAGCAAAGCGAUUCUGCGAUGGAUAGCGCUGGGGACUUGAAGGGCCUAGUUGCCAAGCUGAAAAGGAAAGGCAAGAAGCCAAAGUUGUAG